ACGGGAAUAUAAAAAGCAAGCACAGUCGAAGACGACCGGUCAGUUCAGGGGAGCCGAUUGAAAACUGACAACAUGCGAUUCGAACUUAAUAUUUGCUGUCUUCUGUCGGUGUUGUCGAUAGCCCGGAUAUCCGACUCGUCCAGCCCGUCUGCUGCGAAAGAUCAUCUGCAGACGACGGACUCAGAUCGACCGGCGGUGGCAGACGGUUUGGCAGCUGUGAAGAGUUCAGAUUCGGCGGUCACAAGGAUUUCGAAAGUUUUGGAGUGUUUGGUGAAUCGGUUGGACGAAGAUCGCCAGACUUCGCGGCUUGAAUGUCACGACGUGUUUUCGUCGGUUUGGAUUUCAGCAAGACGUGCGCUACUCGGCGAUAACAACGAAAUCGGAGAAAGCACAAAAUCGAAGAAAAAACCAUGGGACAUACAAACCUUAAUGCUCGGUGCAGGAGUAAAGCUGAUUUUGUUCUUGCCAGUCUUGGCAAUUCUAACAGGAAAAGCCAUUUCGCUGAGUCUGACGUCACUGUUGAUCACGUCUCUGGGUUUCCUCUACAGAAACCAACUGGAGUCUUUUGCCAAACGUAGCGAUUCCUCGUAAUACAUUUAUAUUUGAAAACAUUACUUCAUCCGGUAAAGGGGUCCAGUUGAACGUCAAUUUAAAGUACAACUUCUAUAACACUAAAUUAUAUUAUAUUAUGUUGCAUUAUAUCGUUUACCCACAUUAGGGUGAACGAUAUGACAUAUGGUUAUAAAAUAAAUAUAAUACAAUAGGUAGUAGGUAAGGUUAGAUGAUUUAAAAAUUAAUGUGUAAAUGACAAAUCUGCGAAAAUUGAAGUUCAAGCGGUCAAAAAAUAUUUAAAAACCUUAUAUUAAGAACUGUUAUUAAAUUAAAUGUUGUUUGAAUUAAUUUUCCUUCAGGGAACCACACUAUUUUGAGGAUGAGUGCACCAACCACAAUAAAUUUGAAAAUAUGUGUAAACCUUUUCUUACUUAUACUAGUAGUUAUUUCUACUCUUUAGCUUAAUUUAUUAUUUUUAAUUUUUAGGUUGACUGUCCUCCAAUCUUUAGAUUCUUGAUGUACCAUGUAUCGCUUUUGUACCUACAUAAUAUGUAUUAUUGAACUAAUGUUACGCAUACAAUAUUUGAAUGUAAAGGAAGAAUAUUGUUAUAACUAUUUUCG